CGGACAGACAUGUUGGAGCAUUAACAUUUGAUCUCGAUCCACCAUUUGCACCUUGAAUUCCCAAUAAUUAACCACUUGAAUGAAUUUAUUGACUUUACCAAUCAGGCAACUGAAUGGGAAUGGAAUCCAGAGGAUGCCUCCGAGGUGCCGCCUAGCAGGAUCUAGCCGCAUCGUGCUAAACCGACCCUCCACCUGAUAUCUCCAGGGUAAGAAUAAGGAACAGCCGCCCCAGCUCGAUCAUCAUACAUUUCACAUUCCACAGGGAGACGGCAGUUACUCCAGAUCUAAAGACCCAAGAUCCAACCAAGAUUGCAGUCGCCAUGGCGCUCAAGUACAUACCAAAUGACCUCCCGCUACAGUCGCUAAAUCAUGACCCUCUGCAGCUAAUGAAGUCGUCCCUGGAGCACAUUCUCAAGACGACUCCUCCCCUGCCCGCUUACCCUGAUCCGGCGCAACUUGGUGGCUUCAUACGAGGCCCAACCAGCAUUGCCUUUCUCUUCUUCCGACUCGCCACACUCUACCCUGAUGUCCAAGUUGCAGAUCACACCCUCUUGCACUGGGCGGAGCAAUACCUCAGCGCUGACCGUGGAGAGCUUGCACUCACCACCAGAGUCGGGAUAAGCUGCGAGAAGCUGGCCUACGAAGCACUCAAAGCCUGUAUCAGCAAAGACAUCAAUCAUGUCAAGGAUUUCUUGUCCAACAUGCCCAUCAUCGUCGGACCUUAUGCAGAUUCAGAAAAGGAUCCAUUCGAGUCGGAAAUAUGGCAGGGAAGAGCUGGCACGCUCUACUUCUCAAGGCUGAUACGCCACCACGUCCCAGACAGCGCCGCUCUUCUCGAGGAUCCAAUCGCUCAGGUCUCCCAAAAGAUUCUAGCAGACAGCUUGGACCAAGAUGAAGGGGGGUGGACUUUCCACAAGCACAAGUACAUCGGUGCUGGUCACGGCGAUAUAGGAAUCAUUACGCAGCUAGUUCUCACCACUCCUGCUCUUGCGCCAAAGCUUGCCCCCAAGCUUCGAGCUUUGCUAAAUCUGCAAAAAGAUGGAAACUGGCCUAUCGCCAAGGAGAUUGACGAAACCCGCCACCCAAGCCUCAUGCAGUGGUGUCAUGGAGCCCCUGGCUUUAUCUUCUCUCUUCGUGCUAUCCGGCCACACUUUCCCGAGCUUCAUGAUGAAAUCGAUGCCGCAAUAAGCAAGGGACAAGAAGCCAUUUGGGAGCUGGGAUUGCUCAGAAAGGAGCCGAGUCUCUGUCACGGCAUUCUUGGAAACGCUCUUAACCUACCUCGUGGGCCACGUAGAGAACACUUUCUCUCUCUUGCGACAGUCGAGGCCAUGGACAAGGCCAAGAGUGCUGAUCCCGAAUUGUUCUUGCCUGCUGAUUAUGGAUACGAUAUGUCGCUGUUCUUCAAGUAUCACUCUGGUGCAGCUUGGACCUGGGCUGUUUGUGAGUGGGAGAAUCCGCCAAUGCCUGUGUACACAGAUGUUUGAUGAUUGGAAAGAAGUCAAGUUUGUUGUUGGAUGUGUUAAUCGAUACUGUACAUGGGCCUGCUUGAGUAUUCGGGUUCGCAUCAAGGGGCUGAGGCCGCCGGGUGAUAGUCUAAUGGAAGCGAUGGCGUAUAAAGCGCCGAUAUGAAUCAUAUAACACAGUUUGAAUUCAUUAUUUAUAUCUUUUCCACCAACAUGUUUCAAGAUUUGGUUAAGUCAUCGGGUCAUGAGGCUGAAUUGUUUGCUGGCUGUGGAUCUGUAUAUGGAGGUGGAAUGAGAACAAAUCUGCAUCCUUGGACGAGAAUGGGCAUGCGGCCGGUUUUAUUCUCAGCCACAUAAUUGCCCAACUCCCUCGACUUUUACAUGAAUCUGGCUACUUUAUACAUACAUGUGAUAUUCCCCUCAAAGGUUAUUGCAGUGUUACUUUCCCCCACAUAUGAGGCGCAGGUUAUGUGGCUAUGUUGGAGUUUAUCUAGUC